CCGUCGUCGUCGCGCGCGCCGGCCUCGUCGCGGCCAGUGUAACCCGCGACGUCCGACCAUGCGCAGACGCCCGGACCACAGCUGCAGCCGGCACGUCGCGACGACACCGUGAAGAGACGAGAUAUGCGCGGCACUGCGCUCUUCGCCACCGUCGCCGUCCUCCUAACCCUCUUGGUAUCGCAUUGCGCGGGCCGCCCUUGGCAUCAGCGGCGGCAGCAGCGGCAGAGACCACCAGUGUCACCAACGCGGCCGGCGGUGGUGGUGACGGCCGCAUCGAUUUACGCGGAAUACGAUGAUCCGUCCGUGGCCGUCAACGGACACCCGCCCCCGUCGGACCAGAGCCUGCAGCAGCAGGAAUCGCCGGAGCCGGAUUACGGGGAACCGGGGCGGAUGUUCGUGGAACCGGAACGGGUGUACGCGGAACCGGAACAGAACUACGAGGUGGACGAGGCGGUGAGCGUGCUGAGCGACGGGCGCGUGCACGGCGUGCAGCAGCAACCGACGCCGACGACCGCGGUGUCCGGGAGUUACGACGCCAGCAGCAGCACCACCGAUAGCGGCAGCACCGACAUCGCCAUCACCGGCUUCACCGCCACUUCGUCAGCAAUCACCACCACCUCCACCACCACGACCGCUUCCACUACGACGACCACGACUCAGGCGGCGGAAACCCGGAAGAGCGGUUACGUGGUGGACGGAAAACACUACCGGAAGUACAGGGUCGAGGAAGAGACGCCGGACGGGUUCAUCGUGGGCGAGUACGGAGUGGUCAGCCACCACGAUGGCACCACCAGGGGCGUCCGGUACACGGCCGACAGCAGCAUCAACCCGCGGGUCAUAUACGAAGCACUGGCCAAGUUCUUGGCCCUCAGGCGCCGCCGGUAGACGUCGCGGACGGACGACGGCGAACUGCCGCUGGCCAGCCGGACGAUAUCAUUAUAAUAUUAUGUUCGGCUGAUCGUACAUCAUAAUAAUAUUAUUAUAGUAUAAUAAUCAUCGGUUAUCAAUAUUAUAGAAUAAUAAUCAUCGAUCAUCAAUAUUAUAGUAUAGGCCGGUUCGCUGCCGUUCGAAACUAUCUUUUUUUGUUUUUUUUUUUAUAAACGAAAUUUCUAGUCAGGUUCUAUUAUACUUGUCGCGGCCGCCAACCGCAGCGCCGGCAUCAAUAAACGAAUAAACAGAAGACCAACAACAACAAACAAUCGUACUCAGACAUAAUAUAAUAUAAUAACAAUAACAAUAAUAAUAAUAAUAAUAAUAUUAUUAUAAAUAUAUUUACGCGCGCGUCUCGUCCGAAUCGCGUUCAGUGCCAUUUUCCGCGAACAGUGUGACGGAACUAUAUACGUAUUUAUAAUAUAUUAUUAUGUUAAGACGCUCUUACUCGGAAUAUAUAUAUAUAUAUA